GCGCGCGAGAGAGAGAGAGAGAAAAGCCGGCUCCGCCAUCUUGGAAAAUAACCGUCCUCCUCCAUUAUCGGCGAUAACACACACACACACACACACGCCAUCUUCCUUCCCCCCCCCACCACCCCACCCCCCUACCCCUCUCUCCCUCCUCCCCACCCCCCUUCCUCUCCCUUCACCCUUCAAAUCCCCGAGCGGCAAAAGAGAGCCGGGCGCCCGGGCCGGACGGAUUGAGGUGGAUUGAGGGCGGAUGGCGCCGGCGUUCCUCGCGGGGAGGGAGAGAGAGGAGAGGGAAGCCUGAGGCCUACGGAUCUCCCGCCCGCCCGCUCGCUCGCUCGCGCGGCCCCGCGUCGAUCAUCGGACGCCGCCGCCGCCGCCGCCGCCGCCAUUUUCCAACUAAACACGGGGGACGGUCAUCGGGAGGACCCGUGUCGUAUCUUAACCAAACAUCGUGGAAGGAGAGAUUACAGACCUCAGGGAGACUGCACAGCAUCCAGGUGGGGUGUUCUUCAGUGGCAUCGAGCAGAGGCUGGGUCAGCAGGGGACCCAGUACCUGGACAGCUCGUCCCCGAGACCGGCUGUCCAGAAUGUGGUCAGCACCCAGUAUGCCCUGCAGCAGGUCCCCGGCACUUUGGCCACGCUGGAGUUCACGGAGGGUCUCAGCAUCAGCGGUGGAGCUGGCGGGUGUAAGAUGCAGACCAACUCUCCUCUACACUACAACACGCACCACAAUCAGAUUGCACACAGCAAGGAGAGAAUGACUGGCAGCAGCCCAGUCUCACCUGCUUCCUCGCCGGCCUCCAGCGCAGGUGGCUCCCCCGCACACGUGGGGUCACUCACCAAUGACUCGCUGGACGGACCCGCCACCUUCGCCUCAUCCAAGCUGCAGCCGGCGGAGGAGCUGGCCUGCGGGCUGUGGGUGCCUGACCUCGGGCCCUGUAACCAGGCCGUGAAGGGGCAGGCCUGGGACAAGGCACACGCUGAGAUCGCGGAGCAAGCCAAGCAUGAGGCCAAGAUUGAGCAUCGUAUUGCUGAGCUGCGGCGGGAGGGCCUGUGGUCCCUGAAGAGACUGAACCGGGUACAGGAAGCUGCCAGGCCCAAGUCCCACUGGGACUACCUGUGUGAGGAAAUGCAGUGGCUGUCGGCCGACUUUGCUCAGGAACGCCGCUGGAAGCGUGGCGUCGCCAGGAAGGUGGCCCGCACAGUCCUGCGUUUCCACGAGGAGCAGAGACAGAAAGAAGAGAAGGCCAAGAGGGACGAACAGGUCAAGCUGCGGCGGAUUGCUGCCUCCAUCGCCAAAGAUGUCAAGCAGUUCUGGACCAACGUGGAGAAGGUGGUGCAGUUCAAGCAGCAGUCUCGCCUGGAGGAGAAGCGUAAGAAGGCCCUGGACCUGCAGCUGGACUUCAUCGUGGGCCAGACCGAGAAAUACUCAGACCUGCUGAGCCAGAGCCUCAACGAGUCGCUGCCUGCCAGCAAGCCUGGCUCCUCCCAGCUCGGUUCCUCCCUGGCUGGCUCGGCACCUUCCACACCUCCCGUCUCCGGCUCGGCCACCGAGGAUGAAGACUUCCAGCCCCACGAGGAGGAGGACGAUGAGGAGACGAUAGAGGUGGAGGAGAAGCAGGCCGGCAAUGACGACGAGACACGGCGGCGGGAGAUAGAGCUGCUGCGGCGGGAGAGCGAGCUGCCCCUGGACGAGUUACUGCGCUCGCUGCCUGCCGGCCUGGUGGAGCAGGAGGGCGACAACGAUGAGGACGAAGAGAGUGGCGAGAGCAGCGGUAGUGAGUCUUCGGAAGAUCACAGGCCCAGGAGGGCGCUCCAGAACGCACACCGAUUCCCAACGAAGGAUAAACACGGGGGAGAAGCCAAUGACGAGGAGUUUACAGCAGAUGAGCGUGAAGCUGAGGAUGAGGAGGAGACCAUCGAGAUGGAGGAGGCGCUGGAAGGUGAGGUGGAUCACAAAGAGGAGCUCGAUGACCUCGCCAAGGAAAGUGAGAUGCCCGUGGAGGACUUGCUGAGGAAGUACACCGGGGCUUUCUCUGAUUCCUUCGAGACACCGGAUUCUGACUCUGAUGACAGUUCAGACUCUGAGGAGGAAGAUGACGAGACUACCACGGAAUAUGAGGAGGAGGAAGAAAGCAGCAGCUCAUCAGGCUCUGAGAACUCGAGUGCCACGGAUGAGGAUGAGGAGGAGGACGACGAUGCGGAGGACACCACCGAUGAGGACAUUGGGGUGGAGUACCUGAUCCAGGGGGAGGAUGGAGACGGCGAGCUGAACCGGGAACUGGCCCCAGGUGAUGCCAGGGGGCCCAAGAAGGAGAUCACCGACAUCGCGGCCGCUGCGGAAAGCCUCCAGCCCAAGGGCUACACCUUGGCCACAACCCAGGUGAAGACCCCCGUCCCCUCAUUACUGCGUGGGACCCUCCGCGAGUACCAGCACAUCGGCCUCGACUGGCUGGUCACCAUGUACGAGAAGAAGCUCAACGGGAUCCUGGCCGACGAGAUGGGCCUCGGCAAAACCAUCCAGACCAUCGCCCUGCUUGCCCACCUGGCGAUAGAGAAAUGCAACUGGGGUCCCCACCUGAUCAUCGUGCCCACGAGUGUGAUGCUCAAUUGGGAGAUGGAGUUCAAACGUUGGUGCCCCUCCUUCAAGAUCCUCACCUACUACGGUGUGCAGAAGGAGCGGAAACUCAAACGCCAGGGCUGGACCAAGCCAAAUGCCUUCCACGUCUGUAUCACCUCGUACAAACUGGUGCUCCAGGAUCACCAAGCGUUCCGCCGCAAAAACUGGAAAUACAUGAUCCUGGACGAGGCCCAGAACAUCAAAAACUUCAAGUCCCAACGCUGGCAGUCACUCCUGAACUUUAACAGCCAGCGUCGCCUCUUGUUGACUGGGACGCCGUUGCAGAACAGCCUGAUGGAGCUCUGGUCCCUCAUGCACUUCCUGAUGCCGCACGUCUUCCAGUCACACCGAGAGUUCAAGGAGUGGUUCUCCAACCCGCUGACAGGCAUGAUCGAGGGCAGCCAGGAGUACAACGAGAACCUAGUCAAGAGGCUGCACAAGGUUCUCCGACCAUUCCUCCUUCGCAGGAUCAAAGUGGAUGUGGAGAAACAGAUGCCAAAGAAAUAUGAGCACGUGGUGCAGUGUCGCCUCUCCAAACGGCAGCGGUACCUGUACGACGACUUCAUGUCCCAGGCUUCCACCAAGGAGACGCUGGAGACGGGCCACUUCAUGAGUGUCAUCAACAUCCUGAUGCAGCUCCGGAAGGUGUGUAACCACCCGAAUCUCUUUGACCCCCGGCCCAUCCACUCCCCCUUCAUCACCCGGGGCAUCUGCUACACCACCGCUUCCUGCGUCGUCCGGGCCCUCGAGUACCAACCCUUCAAGCAGGUGGAUCUUAGCAUCUUUGACCUGAUCAACAUCGAAGGUCGGCUGUCCCGCUAUGAGUCUGAGGUCUUCCUGCCCAAACACACAGUCACCAAGAAGCUGAUUGAGGAGAUUGCUGACGCUCCUGAUCCCCCUCCCCGACCCAAACCUGUCCGCAUGAAGGUCAACAGGUGAUGCUCCAGCCCACC